AACUACAUUAAACAUGUCGAGGAACGCGGAGGAGGUGAACAAGCUCGCUGAAAGUACAUACAAGACCGUAAUGGAACAGUUCAACCCAGGACUGAGGAACCUGGUCAACCUGGGCAAGAACUAUGAGAAAUCAGUAGCAGCAAUGACCCUGGCAGGAAAGUUGUAUUUUGAUGCACUGACUAAGAUUGGGGAGAAUGCUGCAGUUUCUCCUGUCUCCAGAGAAUUAGGUGUAGUACUGACAGAAAUCUCAGAGGUCCACAGGAACGUUCAUCUUGAGCUGGAGGAAAACUUUAAGAGGUUCCACAGAGACAUAAUAGCUGAGCUGGAGAGAAAGACUGACAUGGAUGUCAAAUACAUGACAGCCACAUUUAAAAGAUACCAGAUGGAGCACAAGAUGAAGCAAGAUUCUCUGGAGAAGUCCCAGGCAGACCUGAAGAAGCUGAGGAGAAAGAGCCAAGGCAAGAAUGCGAACAAGUACGAGAACAAGGAAAGCGAGUGUCUAGAAACGUUGGCAAGCCGACAGAUGGACAUGCAGUUGUUCGUCGCUGAUGGCUGUAAGGAGGCUCUGCUGGAGGAGAAGAGGCGCUUCUGCUUCCUUGUGGACAAACACUGCAUGUUAUCCUAUCAGUUCGCUUCCUUCCAUGACAAGGCCAGAGACAUACUGUCGGAAAAGCUGAGCACCUGGCAGGACCAGUGCAAAGAUGCCACCAAUAUGCCCGAGAGUGUUUUGUCAAUGAUUGAAGGGCUGCGUAAGCCAGUUCCCAUCACACCACUGCCCUCUCCGUCCCCGUCACGACACAGUGUGAACAUAUCUACUCCCCCGGCACCACCUAAGAAAGCUGAGCCCAGCCGUUUGGUUAAUAUGUUCAACCACGACAACAACCCCACCGCUGCAACCACUCCUUCAAGCAACAGCACAGGUAUUGCGGCAGACCACGGGAACGGCGAGGACAGCAAUCUCGCCAGGUCUGUCUCUGUCGCCACAGGGCUCAACAAUAUGGUGAAGAGACCACGUGUGCGCACCAUCUUUCCCCAUACUGCGGGCAACAAUAACACACUGCUGAGCUUUGAUGAGGGAGACAUCAUUGUCCUGCUCAUCCCUGACGAGAGAGAUGGAUGGAUGUAUGGUGAAAUGGAGAAGAAUGGAAAGAGGGGCUGGUUCCCUUCAUCUUACUGCCGUGCUCUCACUGAGACACUCGUGAAUAACAACAGUGAGCCCGCUGCCCCGUACCGCAGCAGAAGUGUGGUUAACCUCCACCACCAGGACACGGAAACAGACGAGGCAACCAUGGUUCUCCCCCCAGCAGAUUACAGCGACAUCCCGCAACGCAGCACAAACAACAACACCUCGUCUGCCAGCGCCAUCACCACAAAUAGCAAUCACCAUCACUCCCCCACGCCCUCUGUAGCCUCCUCGUCUGAUCACAGCACGGUGAGUCAGCCUAAUGGCACCGCAAGACCCCCGCCAGCUUUCCUCGCGGGAGGGAACCCUUUCGCCACAGUCAGGCUCCGUCCAACUGUCACCAACGACCGCUCCGCACCAGUCAUCUGAUCUGUCCACAUUUCCACCCACACUCAACUCCCACAAACCCUUGUCAAACUUCCUGUGUCAUCUUACUGUCCAGCAGCUUCUCCUGAUUUGGAUGAAAAUAAACUGAUAUGGAAGUACUUUGGGACCAUUUUGUUUACUGAAC